AUGGACGAGGGGGACCCGAUUAGAGGACCGCGAAGAGAAGCACACGUUGGGGUCGGACAGAAUGGUCACCCGACGAGUAACCCCCUAGGAUGUGAUUCCGAGCCGGCCGAGAGGAACACCGACAAGCCAAAAUCCAUGGCCGAUAUGGUGCUGGAGACGUCGUCUAGUGAAGGCCCGCAAGUCUUCGUUCCGGAGAACAUCCAAAAUAUUGGCUUUGCUUCCACGUCCAAUGGAGUCCCAUCCAUCUACUUCUCCGGAGCGAAAAUCCAAAAAUUGGCUACAUCCCUCGGCCACGCCAUUGUCGGUAAGUUCUCGCAUUCAAUUCCGACUUCCUAUCAAAUCCAAAAGGCCCUAGACAAUAUUAAAUUUAGCCGAGGUUACACUUGGGAAUAUAUUAACGCCAAACACAUUCUUGUGCAAUUCGAGGAUAUGGCGGAUUAUGCUCGGCUCCUUAGUGGCCCUAAAGGUACUCCGGUAUGGUUCAUUGACCGGCACCCAAUGAGAGUUUUCAAAUGGUCACCGGACUUUGAUGCAUAUUGUGAGUCUCCAAUUGUGGCGAUAUGGUGCAACCUAGUAGGACUUCAGAUCCACCUUUAUGAUCAAUCGGCCCUCUAUGCCAUUGGGAAACUUCUUGGUACACCGAUCCAAGUAGAUAGAGCAACGGCCAACAAGUCAAGACUCUUCUUCGCGAGGUUGUGCAUCGAGAUCGACAUCACAAAGCCGCCACCCGACGAGAUCAUUAUGGAUAUAUGUGGGCGUACUUCGGUGCAACAAGUGAAGUGGGAUAAGAUCCCGUCCUACUGUGGGGGAAUGUAA